AGACUUGCUGAUACGUGCCAACCAGGAAGUGGAACGAGAUUCAGGUGGUGCACAAGCUGUCCGUUGUUUUUCUGAGAUGUUGAGGCUGUAAAAGAAUAACGGCGGGUAAAGGUGUGCUGCACGUGCUCACCUGCGGAGGUUUGGGGUUGAAAUGGCUUUAGUGCGGAUGAGAAACACACAGGGAGCAAAUGCCACCGAAAUAGAGAAGAAAAUUAAGAGGUGAGUGAAAGACAGUGACUGUGUGCAGUCAGGUGGUCCACUAAAACCGAGCAGACUGAAGGGGGAACCGAACCGAAACCAGGGACACACUGAUGGCAUGGGUGUUUACACUCAGUACCACAAUAAACACUCACUAAACGAGAAAAUACUACAGCAAAAUAUGAUAGUCAAAUAAGUUAACCGAAUGAAUCAAUACAAAUUCUUUUAACUGAAUAUUGUGCAUUUGAACAGUGAAGUCAACAUAUGCAUGAAAUGUAUAUGGGAGUAGAUAACUACUAACAUUAAGUGACAAAUGAUUAUUUUGAGCCUCUUAAUAAGCAUGCUUCAUUGUGACUUGGUGUCUGUUAGUGAAGUUAGAGGAUGAAUUUAGCAGCAUUUUACAAAGAAAGAAAAGAUGUUAUGAAGAAGUUCUAUCAUAAUCAUAAUGAUUUAAUUUCUGAUGACUUACACAAAGUCUUUUACAGAAGCAGCAGGUCCUCAUUGUGGAGGCUGACAUGUUUUCACCACCAUGUUUUCUAUAGUUUACAGAGAAAUUAGGCUAAAUUACAAGAGUUAGUGCUUUUGUUUACGGAGCCUGCUAAUGUUUCUUACUAUGAGGAGGCGCCCUGACAAUAACUAAUUUAUUUCCUUACUCUGACAGAAACUCGACUCAUUAUCCUUAAACUAACUACAAUACUCAGAGUUAACCAGGGAUUAGUCUCAUGGCAUGUCUCAGCUCUCUGCUCAGUCUUUUCAGAGUGUGUCUGUCUUGAGAUAAAAUAUUAGGGACACUUAAACCAGAUGCUCCACAGUCCUCAUUUUAUUACAGACAGCUGGCUGCUCACCGUAAACCAAAUUUACCACUUUAUCACCACUUUAUUCUUACAACGUGAGGACUUUUUUUUGGUAACAAUUUGGCUUUAUUGUUUUGUAAUGAUGAUAAUAAUCUUUGCUCUGCAUUUAGUCAGACGUGCAGGCAAUGCCACUUAGACAAAACACACCCAGAACUACACAAACACAGUUUACAGUUUAUUAUCUUAAGAAUCUGUUUUUUUUAUAAAGGACAGUUUUUUAGCUGAUAUCAGAGCAAAAGUAGAGAGUAACUUAAGUGCUUAUAGAAAUUUAGAGAAAUCAAGAACACAACAUUUGGCUUUCAAAUGUAGAGGAGUAAUGUUUUCUCAACAAUAACACCAAAGUUAAAAACUUUCUCCAGAAUGAAAACAAGUUUUUUUUGUUUUGUUUUCUUUUUUUCAAGAGGCUUGUAUUUGGAGUGUUUCUUGAAAUGAGAAUUAGAAAAGUAAAUCCAGAGGGAUUAUCUGAACUAUUCUUUGUUAAAACAAUCAGUAAAUUUAGUUUAUAAUCUUUUUUCUGUUCCGGGCAGAGGUAACGCUCUGAGGCAGUCGUCAACAUGGAGGGGUUCUCGUGGAUCUGUGGCCUUAUUGCUGGUGGCUCUGUCUGUAUGUUUGGCAGCUGUAGGUCUGUACUUGACCUCUCUGGACGGUGAGAUAACAGAAACUCUGGUCAGUCAGAGUGAGCUGGUGACUCCCAAACCCAGAGUCUUCACCGUCCAGUGUUCCGAAGACUAUGAGAACUAUAAACGCUAUCCGGGUGAGUCUUUGAACAGUACGGGCUCAGGUAGUCACCAAACAAAUACGCCUUUGCUGUGUAAAUAUAACUGAGAUGGGAUGAUGCCAAAUCUACUAAAUUAACACGUUAGACUGUUUUCUAGGAGUCUCAUCAGUGUCAUAGACCCUGAGUCCAGGACUUGUAUGUUCCUUGUUUCUGUAGCUCAGCUCAAUACUUCAGUUUUUAGUUACAGUUCACCAUUUGAAAUUUAAGCUAUAAAUGUUAUCUUCCAAUGCAUUGUGAAAUGGCAAAUUAUCCACUAGAUGGCAGUACAGUACAAGCUUUUAGCCUGAGUGUCAUUUCAUUUAGUUCACAUUUCCUUGAAGUGUACAGAGUAUUUUCAUUAUUCUUUCAUACAUUAAAAGUUCAUUACUGAGUAUUAUGUUAGCUACUUCCACUUGUAUGAGAGGUUGUACUGUGUAGCGCUGUGUUAUUUUUUACUCUCUUUUUAACCCUAAGCUCCGGGAGUCUUGUAGUCAUGUGGGUUAAAAGUCUCAUGAAAAUAUUGCAUGUUAGUGUAAUCAUUGUGUCUGGGGGACUAUUUUUUAGGUGACUUGAUUCAAUACAUGUUCCAGGUUUGAGAAAACUCACAGACUUCUAAUCCUUAUCUUUAAUCCAAAUGCUGAUAAGAAAAAACAUUGUAACUUAUUGUGCCAUCAGCUCUUCUUUUUCAGACCCUGUAAACCUUAGUGAGCCCAGCAGACCAGGUUCUGGAGUCUGGAAUUGAAAUGUUGUCCCAUUCUUGCCCAAUAGAGGAUUUCAGCUGCUCAACAGUUCAGGGUCUCUUGUCCUGUUUUCUGUGCCAUGAUGCUCCAAAUGUUUUAAAUAGGGGACAAGUCAGGACUGCAGACAGACCAGUUUCUCAGCAGGACUCUUCUCCUACAGAGCCACACUGUCGUAAUCCCUGUUGUCAGAAUGUGGUUUGUUAUUGUCUUGCCGAAAUAUGAAGGUCUUCUCUGAAAAAGUCUUUGUCUGGAUGGCAGCAGAUGUUGCUUCUAAACCUGUAGAUAUACACUCACCGGCCACUUUAUUAGGUACACCAUGCUAGUAACGGGUUGGACCCCCUUUUGCCUUCAGAACUGCCUCAAUUCUUCGUGGCAUAGAUUCAACAAGGUGCUGGAAGCAUUCCUCAGAGAGCUUGGUCCAUAUUGACAUGAUGGCAUCACACAGUUGCCGCAGAUUUGUCGGCUGCACAUCCAUGAUGCGAAUCUCCCGUUCCACCACAUCCCAAAGAUGCUCUAUUGGAUUGAGAUCUGGUGACUGUGGAGGCCAUUUGAGUACAGUGAACUCAUUGUCAUGUUCAAGAAACCAGUCUGAGAUGAUUCCAGCUUUAUGACAUGGCGCAUUAUCCUGCUGAAAGUAGCCAUCAGAAGUUGGGUACAUUGUGGUCAUAAAGGGAUGGACAUGGUCAGCAACAAUACUCAGGUAGGCUGUGGCGUUGCAACGAUGCUCAAUUGGGACCAAGGGGCCCAAAGAGUGCCAAGAAAAUAUUCCCCACACCAUGACACCACCACCACCAGCCUGAACCGUUGAUACAAGGCAGGAUGGAUCCAUGCUUUCAUGUUGUUGACGCCAAAUUCUGACCCUACCAUCCGAAUGUCGCAGCAGAAAUCGAGACUCAUCAGACCAGGCAAUGUUUUUCCAAUCUUCUAUUGUCCAAUUUCGAUGAGCUUGUGCAAAUUGUAGCCUCAGUUUCCUGUUCUUAGCUGAAAGGAGUGGCACCCGGUGUGGUCUUCUGCUGCUGUAGCCCAUCUGCCUCAAAGUUCGACGUACUGUGCGUUCAGAGAUGCUCUUCUGCCUACCUUGGUUGUAACGGGUGGUUAUUUGAGUCACUGUUGCCUUUCUAUCAGCUCGAACCAGUCUGGCCAUUCUCCUCUGACCUCUGGCAUCAACAAGGCAUUUCCGCCCACAGAACUGCCGCUCACUGGAUAUUUUUUCUUUUUCAGACCAUUCUCUGUAAACCCUAGAGAUGGUUGUGCGUGAAAAUCCCAGUAGAUCAGCAGUUACUGAAAUACUCAGACCAGCCCUUCUGGCACCAACAACCAUGCCACGUUCAAAGUCACUCAAAUCACCUUUCUUCCCCAUACUGAUGCUCGGUUUGAACUGCAGGAGAUUGUCUUGACCAUGUCUACAUGCCUAAAUGCACUAAGUUGCCGCCAUGUGAUUGGCUGAUUAGAAAUUAAGUGUUAACGAGCAGUUGGACAGGUGUACCUAAUAAAGUGGCCGGUGAGUGUAGUUCAGCAUUAAUGGAGCCUUCACAGAUGUCGAAGAUACCCAUGAAAUGGACUCUGAUGAUCCACAUACCAUCAGGGUAUCACAUACUAACGGUAUGAUGAUAAAUUAGACAGUCCUUAUUCUCUUUAGGGCAGAGGAUGCAGAGGCCAUGAUUUCCAAAAUGUAUGUGAAAUUUUCAAUCAUACAGGACAGGGCCGUUUUCUACUUGGCCGCAUUGUUCAACUAUGAGCUCACACAGUUUCUCACAGAGUGGUGAACCUCUUCCCAUCUUUCUUACUGAGAGACUCAGCCCCUCUAAUGUCCUUUUAAUACCCAGUUAUGUUACCAACCUGUUAGACAUUAACGGCCUUAGUUUAGUUUUGAGUUUUGUUGCCCCUGUCCAAACUUUUCUGAAACUUGUUCCUGCUGUCAAAUUCAAUGAUCAAUAAAAAUCUACAUAAAUAGAUUAAUACUUCAUCGAUCCAUUGCAGGACAAAAAAUAAAUAAAUUUUGGCGAAGUCCCCCAAACACUUAGUACAACACCUGCUGACUGUUUGAUGUAUUUUCAGAUUAAUGGCAAAGUUGGAAACAGAUGUUCAAAAACAAAGAGUUUAAGAUUAAGUCCUGUUGUUUAAAUGACUCAGACACUCCCAUCAGUAAAUUCAUGUGCUGGGUCUAUUUCCCAAAGCUCAAUGUGACAUCUGUGGUUGUUUUAGGAGGUCCAGAGCCAAAAGAGAUAAUCCUUCUCAGUCAAAUAAAAAAGAAGAGUAUCCACAAUCAGGGGGUGUUUGGGGUUUCUACUUAAAAACACCUCGAACAGAAAAUCACUUUUAUAGGUUCUUUAUUUGUGCUUGAAAAACAAAAUGUUUUAGCUCUGAGGGGUGAGUUUAGGUGAGCAGGUGGACAUUCACAGCUUUUAGUGUGCUGGGAAUACUCAGACUAAAUGGAAAUAAAAGUUUCUAUCCAAAUAUUUAUAAACCUAUCAGAAUCUAAGAUCUCCUGUUGUACCCAAAACUCAAGAAAACCUGAAUUGCUAUGGCUAAUCUUUUAUAACAUUUAAGAGACUUUGCUUGGUUCAGAGAUGAAAGCAAAUAAAACGUCUAAGUAAAUGUAUUGGCUGCUAAAAGUUCAAGUUUGGUCUCUGCCGUAUUCAAAAAAGACACAACAGGAGACUCAGGCCUCAGGCGGUAAAUAAUAAUCCUCAGAGGUUGGAGCAAAGCCCUAAAUUUUGUCAUGUUAAUGAGCAAAACUCCAAUGAACUCCUUACCUUGCACUUUGCAUCUAUACUAGCUACUUUCCCUGGCUGCUUUGGGACCUGAGGCUUGUAAGACAAGAGGACACUGCACCAAAUAACAUCUUAUAUUUUCCCAUAUUCAUCCUUACAUAUCUCUCUCCCAGGAUGCACACCUCAGAAGUGUGGCCGUGCAGUCACAGACAGCGUGGUGACGAGGGACGAAGCUGAGGUCCUCCGGAGGUAAACAAGUCCUUUCCCCUGCUUGUUUUAUUUUUUUAUCCACUGUCCUCUGUCUCAGCGGUGCAGCUCCACAGUAUUCAUGCCUUUUGUUGUUGACACACAGGCUUGCUGAAAGAGGGCUGGAGCUGGCUGGAUCGGAGGGAGGCGUGAGUAUACUGUCAACUCAGUCUUUGGGAUUAAUUAGUGGUCACGUGCUAAUAAUACUCUGUGACUCAGGUGAUGUAUCAGCAUAAGACAUUCCCUUCUGCAGAUGUUCUUUUGUGUCCCUGCUUUUGCAUAAUGAGAAUUAUGAUCUCAUGAUUUCAAAAGCAUAACAAAAAUCCAGAAUUAACACGUCAGCGUUAUAAUAUUCAUGUGAGUGCAUAAUGCAAAUGCACUUCCUGAAACUUUCUAAAAUAUUGAGUUAAGAUGUCCUUUAUUAGGCUCUUAUCUCCCCCGUGGUGUCGUUAAAACACACUUUGACAAGCCUGAAUUUGGACAUAUACUGUGAAGAAAGCUGGAAACAUCCCAGGUAUCUUUUCCAGCUCUGACUUUACUCAACCUGACAGGAAAGAUCAUGCCAAAUAAUCCAAGAAUCUGUUUAUCAAUUGGAUUAUUUGACUCAGAGCAAGCCUGUUCACACCAGCAAGGCGGGGUCAGUAUCAUAUGUCCGAUCACGAGACAUGAGCAAGUCUGCUGUCAUAUUAUCACCAUAACUUAUAAACUUAGAGCAAACUAUGAGAUUAGAGAGUUAUUAAGUAGUUGAAUGUAUUGUAUCAGACUAAAAACAAGACAGGCAUGUUCGCAAAAUGAAGGAAUAACUGUCAGAUCAGGUGAAAACCGAGAGAGAGCAAAUGAAGACUCUUUAUGUCACUCUCCUAUCAUUAAUGGCAAUGUGACAAUUAUUAAUUCAAUUAAUGUGAUGAAUCUGACUUAGAGCUACAUGAUACUUACAAAACUUUUUUCUUUUCUUUGCAAUAUAUUGGGUGUAGAUGAUAAUACAGGACUUCCCAACUAGAAUAGAUGAAUGAAGGGAAUUUUAAGUGCCUCAGUAACACAAUCAAACUCUUAAUAAUUUGAAUUAACUUAAGAUGAUAUUUCUAAUAAAGCACUAAAUAAACACUCUGUGUCCAUGGAUAAAGCCCUUAGUGCAUGGUACUGAAGUGGUUGCAAUUGUGCGCUGGCACAAUCUGUUGUAUAAUUGUGGAAAAGUAAAAUUUAGAGCCCUGGGGAUUGAGUGACUGCAUAAAAAAGGUUGCAGUAUUCUGUUUUGGUGCCAUAAACACAUGGUCAAAAAAUGUGUUUUUAAUGGAAGUCUAUUGUCCACAUUUUGAGCUAACAAGGAUGCGUGGCGCUAAAACACAUAGACAGAGCUAUAUGGGCAAUAUGAAGAAGAAUAAGAACUUUGGCCCAGUUUGAAGCCUUAAUCUAUAAAAAUGUGACCAUAAACUUAAAAUUAAGAUGAUAAAAAUGUUUUCAAAAUGGUCAUAGUAGGAACUAAGCGUAAAAAUACACCUCACUUUCUCAAGGAUUUUUCAGGUAUUUGCCACAGCAUCACGCUCAGCAUCAUGGAGCUCCUGCCAUCAUAAGAUCCAAAUCAAUACAAUAUGUUUCAAAGGAAACAAUAUUAUAUGAUAUUAUAUAAUACAGUCCAGUGUGACGUGACACACAGUGAUAAGAUAAGAUAUGAUAAACUUUAUUGUCCCCUUGAGGACCCUUGGGGGGGUAAUUUGUCUUGGACCCUGGCUGCAUUCCCUUCACUAUACUUAUUUUUAAAACACUACUAAAAACAACAAAACCAAACAGAGGCCACCCGGCAAGGAGCCAACGAGCAAGCAAGAAGCUGUGAUGCUCUCCUGCUUUGAUGUAAACACAUACAGAUGGCAUCCUGUCAUGUGGCAUUUUUCUGUGGUAUUGUGAUCUAGAAAUAAUGCAAAUAGUUUAAGACUGAAUCGGCAUAUGAUCACUCCACUCAUGAGUAACCUGCACUGGCAUCUGGAUGCUAACCUGCAGGGAUGAAUAUAAACUCCAGUUGCAAGUUAUUAUCAGCCACAAAUGGAAAACUGACUCAGUGGCACUAGGAGGGAAACUGUCGCUGUCGGCAGAUAGAGGGAGCAUGCUUAGAAAACAUGGAGUCAUAUUUCCUCCCAGAGAUGUCUGAAUGUCCCCGGCAUGCCCUCCCUCCUGCUAUCUGUCCCCAGCUCACCUGGUCAUCUGCAAAUAAAGACCUGUUAAUGGAGUGUUAAGACGCUGAAAUGAAGGGAGGAAAUGCACAGAGGGAGUUUGGGAGAAAGGGCAGAGCUGUGCAGUGUCCCCAAGGAGCUGGAAAGCAAUAACAAGUAAAGGGCAAGGGGAGCUCUAAAAGACCGCCACAGAAGGAGGGAACAUUGCUAUACCUUGUAGCAAUUACUUUGUUAUGUUGGACAUAAGACACUAACAUUUUUUCCUCCAACAGACUUGCCAGUAACUUUAGUUUGUUCUCUUCCAGGCUUCCAUACUUGAUCUGCACUCUGGGGCCUUAUCAAUGGGCAAACAGUUUGUCAACAUCUACAGGUGAGAAAGUGCAUAUCACCUUUUUAAUCUGUUUUUAAUCCAUGCUACCUCUGUGCAGAUGAAAAUGACAUCCUGCAUAAUUUGAAACGUCUGCAGAAAUAUAUCCUCCAAAACUCCUCAUCAAUCUUACUAAUGCUGGUCCUCUUUAGCUGUACUCUACAGGUCCAGUGACCCAUACAGCCCUCAUUCAUCACUGCCAGCAUAACCCAGCUCCAUUUGGAUCAGCUGCCCCUCUCCCCCAGUUUCCCUCUCCAGUACUCCCCCCACCCCAGCCCCCAUUCAAUUUUACCACAGUUAUCUCCCAUUUCCCUCUGGUCCCAGUGGGCAGGUAGCUGACACCUCAGGGACUCUCAGGCAGAUUUUAAUCAGGAAGUGAUGGCAAUAGCACUCACACCGUUCACCCACCACUGGGUCGUUCCUGAUGUGAGGUAGUCAUGAAUUACUAUCUGCUGUGUUUGGUUGACUGGAUGGCACAGCUGUCUGUGAAAUGGUCGACUGUGUCAUGCCUCUUAAGUUAAUUAAUGCUAACAGACCCGCUCUUUCCCCCUCUGCUGUCUCUGUCCUGGUGUUUGUCGGCUCAUGGGUCUCUGAUUGACUUCAUCUGGGUCCUGAUUUGUCUGUCUGCGUGUCUCUGAUUUUGUUACGGUAUGUGGCUGCAGGUAUUUUGGGGAUCAGAUCAGAGAUGUUUUCUCUCAGGAGGAUUUCCAGUUGUACAGGUGACUAUGAAUCCUUAAAUAAAAAUACACUUUCAAAUGUUGCACCAAAAUAAAAUCUGUAACUUUUUAAAACCAUGGAAGCUGAUCAAGUUUUCUGCUUUGAUACUUACUCAGGAUUCCUGCAGAUCCUUAAAAAGUCUUCAAUUCAUUUGUGAGAGGCCAUGAAUUUUGGCACUUUGACUAAUAAAUGUCUGAAUAUUUAAUCAAAUCCACACUUCUUAGUUUAUUUUACAUUCUAAGGUAAUCUAGUACUUAGACCCACCACCUAAAAUUCCUUAUAAGCACAUGUAUAAUACAUUAUUAUUAUGUGCUUCAUAGCAAUCUUUAUUGGUGAUUAUAAGCAUUCAUAGCUUAUUAAAUCAAUGUGUAUGAGUGUUAUAAGCAGUGACCAUGAAGCCUUGUGAAGUUUUGAUGUAUAAUUAAAUAUACUUUGAUAAAAAAACUAACAACAGCGUAUUUUUAAAUUCUGUGCUUCCCAACACAUAAAAAUUCCCACAAGUACAACAAGAAGAACUUCAUUCAUCCCUGAAGGGAAAUUCAAGGCCAUAAUGUCAUCAAGAUUCAUGUAGAAAUCAUUUAAAUCAUCAUCAAACUCCUGUAAUGUAAUCCUUAAUAAUUAGACCCAAAAAGCACGGUUUCAGAAUUAUACAGCAUGUAUUCUCUGUUCUCAUCUGUUCUCUUUUAUUGUAAUCUGAAAGUAAGGGUAUUAUCAGUGAUGGGAAACCAUUCACGAACUUGAAAGUUUGUAAAAGAGCUUUGAAACUUAUGAUUGAUGGUUGAAUGAUUUUAAUAUUUGACAUAAACAAAGUUUUAGUAAGACUUACCUGCACGAGCCAUUACUUUGCUGCUACUCUUAAUUUCUUUGUUAGGGUCUUAAAAAGUCUUAAAUUUGAUUUUAAAGUGUGUAGGAACUCUGCUCAUGGUAUCAUCACUCAAGGGGUAGUGUUAAAUCAAUAAUUUGUAAUAAUCUUGUCAGCCAACAGAAUGAAAGUCUGGAUCUGUUCUCUGCAGUCUUUAUGCUUAUUGUGUUAUUGGCUUUAGCAGACAAACAUGAGGAGAACCAGUAGAAAGGAUAUUAAAUCCUGUCAUGAGGUGUGUGUUUGUUUUAAAUAUCAGCCAUCAGUCAAUAAAAACUAAGCUGCAGAACUUUGUUGAGGAUUCUUCUGAGUGGUGUUGCCCAAAGUGUCCCAAAUCAAAUCAAAAAUAAAACCCCCUCAAGUUAUGUCAGUCAGAUCUGUAGGUCUGAUGUCUUUUGUCUCUUUUUGUGUCUUAGAGACGUACGUGGGCGAAUUCAGGCAGUGAUCGCUGAGACGUUUGAUUUGGACCCAACUCGUAUGUACCUCACCAAGCCGACCUUCUUCUCCAGAAUCAACGGCACCACAGCCAAGACCCAGCAUGACGAGUACUGGCACCCCCACAUAGAUAAGGUAAUGCAAAAAUCCCUCUCAUGGUAUAAUGGGUAGAGAGGCACUGAGCUUUGGGAGGUGAAGGACAGGAGUCUGGGAGUUUUUCUAUCAAAAACGCCAUUUUUGCCGGAUCACCUCCCCAUAAAAGUGUCUGAAGCUGGAAGACAAUGAACACAAGAUAGCCAUUAAGUUUUAGCUUGUAGACAUGGUAUAUCUAAAUGGGCAUUCAUGUUUUAACAGCCGACUGCACUGCUGGGCACAGUUCAACCUGGUAUUUCAGUUCAAAUAGAAGUAUAUUUAGAAAUACAUUAAAGAAACUGUUUACAUGCUUUCUUGUUACAGGGCAAAGCUCUUCUUACUCAACACCAAAAUGAUGACUAAGAUUAUCAUAGUUUCAAAAUUUUCAUGAGUUUUUAUUUUUAUCUAGUUUUGGCUUUUUGUUUUUGUCUACAGUUAUUUUGUAAAGCUGGGAUUUUACUUUAGAUUUUAUUUGCAGAAAAUUUUAGUGUGGUCUUUAUAAGUAUAGGUGUUAGUUUUAGUUAUACUUGUCAGUGGCAAGUCUCCCCCAAAAUUGAACAGUGCGUGGAAAAAAACCCUAAACAUUAUCUUCCUGGGCUGUUUGCCUCGUCAGAGACAAGACUAAUAUUUAAAUUGACUACAGUAUAUGGCCAGUAUUAAAAAACAGAUGCAAUAAUAAAUGUUACCAGUGUGGGGGUUCACAUACUUCAGGCCACCCCAGUACUGUCAGUGCUAAGAUUGAGCCCCCCAGUCAGAAAGGACUAGACAAAACCUUGUAUUUUAGCAACUGAUGGAUGCAUGCUGAACAGAGGGCUCUGUUGAUUGAAUGGAGGAGGCUGAAGUGAAGGGCAGGGGAUGUUUGUUUAUGUAGGGCGUUGCUCUGUCUCUAAUUAAGUCAACUUUGAUUGCCCAACAGCAGUCUGCAGUCAGUAUAAACAAAUGCUAAAUUAAUUUAUCAAGAUCAUCAAAAAGAGGGGAGAUUCUUGAACAGAAUAAGAAUAUCAGUGUCGCUGAAACAGAUUUUCCUUUACCCUCUAUAACAUAGUAUAAAGAUUAGCAUGUUUACACAAAUGACAGUCCGAAUAUAAAUAGUUGGCUAGUGAAUAAUAUUAUUCUCUGUAUGCUAAAUGCUAAGCUAAAGACCUCGAGCAAAUCCAAAUUAUGUUACUUUGAGAAAAGAAAAGGAAAAAAUAUAUAAAAAAGGUUACUGUUGAAGUGUAUCUGAACAUAAAGUUCACAAAGGCUUUUUAAGUUUUUAAGUUGCUCUAGGACCAGUGUAGCAACUAAUUGAAAAAUGCCUCAAAAAGUGGUUUGAUCAAGUUGGAAAAGAACUCACAUUUUAAAAAAGUUUUUUUUUCCUCAAAAAGAAAAAAGCUAUAAAUGGAGAUUAGAUGAGAGGAACUAUGACUGAAAAAGUUUGUGAAUUGCUGCUUGAAUAACACCCCAUCUUUUAGCACAAGUUUGUUUUUUGUUUUUUUAGGCUUUCACAUUUUUGUUUUUGUGGAAGAGUUUAAUGAUUAUGAAGACCACUCUUAGAGUGGUGGUCUCUGUAGUUUCCUUAUCCCUCUGCACUGGUCCUCUGCUGCUGAAACAAAACUACAGUUGUCAAAAGAACUGUUCCCUGAGGGAAACACCCCCAGUAUACCAGCCAUCUACCACAUUUUUCUAAGUUUGAGGGCUGCUCAUCAGUUGUGAUGGGUCUGUGCAGAUUUCAUUUCACUUCAACAAGAGCUCUGUUUUUUUGUCAAUUUAGCCUCUGUUGUCUCUGUUGUUAUUGAGUUCUCCCUUCAGUCAUACGACACAUCCUGUGUUUGCUGAGCCUUAGCCAAAUAUGACUUAAAACUGUCGGCAUUAUAAUGCAGGAAACAGCGCUGCUUUGUUACUGCAAGGUUACCGUCCUCUGAAGCUAAAAGAAAUCAAAAAAAGGUCAGACUCAAUCCAAAUGUGCUCAUUCAACCUGUAAAAGCAGCACCAGGAGAGCAUCAAAGGAGUUGAACUUUUCUCUCAAAUUUCUCUGUUUUAUUCUUGACACAGCUGUUCUAAGUUCUUAGAUUUUUAUUUUAUCCCACAUAUCCAAAACAGUUGGAGCCUUUUCCCCUACAUUUCUUAGUAUCAAAAGUGCAGAGGCUUUUACAAAACACAACUACUGUCAGUUUUUUUAACCCAGGGGAGAAAAGAUAGAGGGUGAUGACGGUCAUCAGAAGUAGAGAGUGAAUAAGAAAGAGAACAGUCAUUUAUCAUACAAACUAACAGGAAUUUCUUGAAUAGAGAGUAUGAAAUGUUUUGAUAAAACUUUGGAUUCGAGAAAACCCGUAAACCGUGUAUUUAUGACUUAUCAUGGUAUUAUCAUGUCCAAACCACAUUGCCUAUCAACAGGCGUUCCUCAAGGGUCAGUGUUUGGUCCCCUACUUUUCUCUUUAUACACCACCUUACUCAGUACUAUUAUCAAAUCUCCAAUCUUCCUUUCAUUCCCACCAGAUGACAAAACAUCUGGUCAGGCCUCAGUGAUGAAAUUUGUGUGGAUGAAGGAGCGCCAUCAGCUCAACCUGUGCAAAACUAAGCUUCUUGGCAUUCAAGCCAGUCCCUCCCUACAUCCACAGAUCAGGAUCCAACUUGGAUCAAAUGAACUUACUGUACGCCCACAAAAUCUGCUCAGAAUCUGGUUGUCAGGAUUGAUGACUGGCUGACAAUUGAAGUUCAUUUGCUCUUUAUAACAUAUAAAGGGUCAGACCCUACCUGACAGAGCACACAACAACACAACACGGCUCCUGGCAGAGGCUUUUGUAAUAUCAUGCAUUGACUCCUCUUUACUUGCAGGCCUCCCUGCAUGCCCAGUCAAACCUCUGCAGUUUGUCUGGUUUUCAACUGACCCAAAACAGCUCAUCUCUUUCCACUGGCUUCCAGCAGCAGCCCUCAUCAAAUAUAACACCUACUUCUUGCCUACAAUACUGCAACAAAAUCAUCUCCAGUCUUUCUGCAGUCCCUCAUGCAGGUCUACACUCGCUGCCCAUGAAACACGCUCCCAACACCAGAAGGCCUUAAGUCACCAGUCAGACUCUUCUUUGUUGCCUCUCUCUUUACCUUUAAGGAAAAGCUCCAGACUCAGAUCUUUAGAGAACACCGGAGCACUUAAGCUCAGCUCCUCUCUAUAGUUCACAGGGGUAGAAUGAUUGAAACAAUCAUUUUAAUAUAAACAGCUCCUCUCUACAUCUGAGACACUUUUGACCAAGCUGUUUUGGGACAAUGCAGCACUAGGCAGUUUGCUGCUUGAGAUGAUGAUGAUGAUGAGGAUGAUGAUACAAUGAAACUAAACAAGCUCUGAGCUUUCAUGAAGGUGUUGAUUGAUAAACAGCUUCAGGUUUCAGGAACAGCUGAGACUCAAAUUCAGCUUGUACUGGCCAUUGUAUACAAAGUUGUCAUUGGUAAAGUGGCGAACACAAACAGCUACAAUGCUGUGACUUUCCUGUACAGCCUAAACAACGCUCUGAGAAAUGUACUGAGACACACUCAGGAGAAGGAGUCAAGUGAAGCAGACUUCCCAGCUGCCAGGUGGGCAUGUCUUUUACAUGGCUGCUGGGUGAGCUUGUCCUUUAUCCUGAUUGACAACUUGAUGUCAGGUUAUGGCCAAGUCUUGAAACAAACUGUGCAAGAAACCUGGAAAAAACAUCAGGGACUCAUGUUCCCAUUUGUAUGUCUCAUACGUUUUAAGUGUUAUGGGCAUGUGGGCAGCAUUAUUCGUCUCCUUGUCCGUCACUGUCUCACCAGAAGGCUGAUCAGAAACUUUGACAUAUCUGGUGACACAACCAACAUUCCCAAAUGUUCCUUUUUUAAAGAUUGAACUGCGGGGCUUUAACCUUUUUUUUUAUUGGCAACACUUAAACCAGUGUUAAGCCUCUGUGCCAGCAGUGAUCUGUAGUCCUCUGUUUCUAAAUGAGAAAAAAACACAGAAGUACACCCAGCUGUACAUACACACUUUGCUUGUGGUAUAUGUUGAAAUAUAUGGUGCAUUUGCUGUUGCUACAAAGUGAUAUUUGUUGCCUCAUUACCGUCUGUUUACCCUUGACAGCUGGAAAAAUGUGGCCUGAAAGGACCCUUGUUUCCUUCCCAUCUGUCUCAACUGCCAUUUGGGGGAUAAUUGGCGAAUCCAACUCUCAUUUAAAUGUAAAUGGCCCCUGAAGUCUUUGGUGCUGAAUUUAUUCCCCACCUAUCAUGUUGCUGAUAAGAUGUCACCGCACCAGUUGUCGUACGAGCAUGGAAAGUGGUGUUGAUCGUAUUUUGAUAGAGACAAACCUGCCAACAUGAUGAAAUGCAAAUACCAAAUGACUCUGGUCAUCUUGUCGUGUUAAAGCUAGAAUAUACACUGCCUUCAUGAAAAAGUGAUCAGAUCUUUCUCCAGUGUAACCUUCUUGAUGUAGAAUUAAACUGAAGGCUCAUUUAAGGGUCAAUUGAUCCAAACCACACCAAAAAUAUUUUCUUUUGAUAUUCAACCCUAAUUUCACAAGAAAUGGAACAUUGAGUUAAAUUAAAAUAAAUUUAAAAUAGAUUGUUUUGUACCAUGAGCUCUUCUUUUUACCAAUACUCAAUAAAAGUUAGUGAAUCCAGCAGACCAGACCAGACCAGUUUCUGGAAUCUCGAAUGGGAAAUGUUGUCCUUGUCUUGGCUGAUAGAGAACAAGAACUCCUAUGAUCCUCAUACCAUCAGGGGUGCUGGCUUUGGACUGGGAGCUGACAGCAGGUUGGGCAGUCACUCUCCUUUUUAAGUCGAGGUCAUGGUGUCCAUGAUUUUCAAAAAGAAUAUCCACCAGUUGCCAUGUUACAGGACUUUUUUUUCUUCUUCACCCCAGUCCAUCUGAAAUGGGCCCAGGUCCAGAGAAGUCUCUGGUGGUGUCCUUGGAUUAUGAUUCUGUCUGGUUUCUUCUUUGCAUGGUUCAGUUUGAACCUCAUUUGUGGAUACAGUGAUGAACUGUGUUCACAGACAACCAUUUCUGGGAAUGAUUUUGAGCCUGUCCAGUGAUUUCUACUACAGAGUCCUGUCUGUUUUUCAUUCAAUGCUGCCUAAAGAUUUGACCUCAUGGUUUGAAGCUUUUACUGUUAUUGUUAACCCCCAUACUAGUAUUGGACUCCUUGGUUUUCAGUCUCUUAAUUUUCCCCUCUCAGAAAGUAUGGCACGCUCUGAACUGUGAAAAAUAGAUUAAAAUCCAAAAAUGUAAUUCAACAAAAAUGCUUAGGUUACCUAGUUGUCUCUCUGCCACUGACAAACAAAGCUGUUGAAAUGAUCACAUUGUUCACUGGAGGUAGGGCUGGACGAUAUGGGAAAAAGUUUAUCAUGAUAUAUUUUUUCAUAUCAGUCAAUAUCUAUAUUUAUCACGAUAUAAAAAAUGAAAUUUAAGGGUGCUUAUUGGUAGCAUGUCUUUUGCAAUACAACAAGUUUCUGCAUCUGUGAGGUCUCUGUGUCUCUUUGACAUUUUGUCAUAAGGCGUUGCGCUAGAGAAAGUGGACUUAAUGGUUGUCUGAUUAGCUGCACAGGCGCCAUGGGCGUCUUGCUCUGGUCGGGGUUUGUAACCUUUUGCAUUGCGGUGCUCUGCUGCAUGGCACUGCUUCAGGUGGUGAAAAAGAUUUGAGGUAUACCCCGACUUUACGAGAACAUGUACUCGACAUAAUGUGCAGUGCACAUUACUCUGCUUCAUGUCAGACCUCAAAAAAACAAAAUACAUCCACAUCACUGACAUUUUUGUGCCAGUGUUGUCGACGAUGUCUCAUCUGUUGAGCCUUCAUCUGCAUUUUUGCUGGGGGGCAGCACUCUUUUUUUUUUUUUUCUCACCAACAGCGCUGUCAGCUUCACUUGUUAAAGUGGUAUGGUUGUAGCUGCAGCCGUAGCCAUAGCCUGCUACUUGUACGAAGUUGUUUGCUACUAGGUUUAUAUUCAGCAUAUGAUUGGUCAAGGGUGAAGCGGACCCAAAGCAACUCCCCUUUUUAUUGGCUAUUUGUUUAGUCUACCAAUACAUGGCAAAAGACUGACUAUUGAAAAGCAUAUUGAUCAUGUUUUAUAUUGAUAUUGAGGGAAAUUAAUUUUCGAUAUAUAUCGUUAUCGUUUAUCGCCCAGCCCUAACUGGAGGCUAGUCAAUCAGCUCUGAACUCAUGCUCGCUGGUUGUUAUUGUAGUUUCUCUGCUCACCAUUUUUUACUCUGAAGAUCAGACAUGACUCCUGUUUGCUGUCUCUCUAUGUGAAUCAUAUUCCAGUUAUUCCACAAGUUUACAGUUAUCUUGUAUGUUGUCAACAAAUGAUAAGAGCCUCUCAGUGUCAGUGGAAAGUCUAUUUCUGGUAAGAGGCGAUGUAGCAGGGAGAGAUGUCAUCUCUUAGGACAGGUGUUGGAAUAUAUUGCUGCGUCUCCACCAAGUGGUUUAGUUCACUUUUGUACAGUAUGCACUGCAGUUAUUUGUGUUUUCAACUGACCCUUACCUUUCUAUUUUGUUGGCAUCCUUUUGAUGGUGCAUCAAGCAUAAUAAUCAGACCUGUAACUAAAAUGAUUAAGGAAGAGAGGGAGGAAAGAUCAUACCAAAUUGUAUCUCUCCACAUUUAAUUUUCUCUGAUCAGUAAAAUAAUCUAUCCUAAUGCAGAAUGAUUCUGUUUUUUAUACCUUUUUAUUCAUACAGCUUUUGGGAGAAGGAUGAAGCUUAAUUCAAAAACCGGAUGAGCAGAAAGAGGGGUGCCAAGUUCGAGUUUUUGCAAAUUUAGAUAACUUGUCUGCAGCCAACAUGUUUUUUUGAAAAAAAUCUUUUCUUCCGUAGGAAAAGUUCACCAUCGGGUUGAAUAAAGAGCUGUGAAAGUCCUGGACACACAUUUCAACAUUUCGUGAAAACAAGGGGUUCACUUCUUACGCCUGGUUCACACAGGAAGCGCCGCGCACCGAGUUUCGGAUAGGCGCCCGUGUUAACCUAUGUGACUGUUCACACAGCGCGUGCGGGGGAGCGCCGCGCGCGGAACGGCUCGCUUCUCUCUAUUUUUUGCGCAAGACGCGCGCACUGCAAGCGCUAAUUGUAAAGCUGGACAGAGCAGAUCGGACCAGACAGGAAGUCGGGAACAGGAGAUGCGAGAGAAUCCGGUCAAUUUUCAAAAUAAAAUAAAAUUCAAUAAAUUAGACAAAAAGGAUUUACGGUGUUGCUUGCCGGUCUAUUUUUUCCUGAUGAACACGCAUGCAUGCACACAUACACACGGAGGGAGAGCUGCAGAGAUUCAGUGAUGUUAUUGAGACAAAGGAGGGGUGCUUUGGUACGAUAGAGUCAAUAGCUUUGAGCUAACAAGGCUACACAUACAAUGGAGUUUACAAACUCCCCAAUUCAUUCGUUGUUUACCCCUAUAUAAUAAUUUAAAACAAUACUUGAAGAUGCUGCCAAUAUUUAAUUUAUGUAUGACGUAAUAAAAACGUAAGCAAAUAUUGAUUUACCCAUGUUUAAAGCGCUCGUAAGUGUGGAAAACUGAGGGCAGACGAAAACAGCCGAGCACUGCUGGGCUCAGUCGAUGUCUGACCGGCGCGUCAGAGCGCAGCAGAAAACGCUUUAUGUGUGAACAGCCAAGCAUCGCCGUCCGGUGUGAACCAGGUGUUAGAGAAAUUGAUCUUGCAUUUGCAAAAUGAUGCCAUAGUAUAUUUUUUCAUGCUUUUAAACUUAAACUUCGUUAACUAAGAGCAAAUGCAGCCCUCACUUUAUUAUUGUACUUAAUUAUUGUAAGCACUGCUCACACAAGGGGUAUAACACUCUAAAAUCAAGAUGUUUUGAGGCUGUCACACAAGCUCAAGGUAAGGUAGUGUCUGCUGUGAAAAUGUAAGCUAGAUCAGUGUAUAAAGUUAAAACUAUACUGAGCCAAACCAGACUGCUUGGUGGAAACGCAUCAUAAAUAGAUUAACUGUUGUGUAACAGAGGCUAGUGAAAGUUUUUACAGUUUGACAUAUUGUUACCCUUUAUUCUGCAACGACAGACUCUGCUGUUUCAUGUCUGCUCCCACUGUAAUGUAGCUCUUCAGCUGCUAAAAUACAGUUUGAACUCAGGAAGCUCUCAGAGGUCGAAGCGUCUCUCAUUAAUGCUGUUUUGACUCGUGCAGCACAAACAGCCCACAGCUCAUUUUGCAUGAAGGGAUUUCCUCCCCAAUUUGAGGCGGGGCUCCAGAUUACAAUCUAGCCUUAAAACCAUUACAUUAUAUCCAUUACAUUAGUAGUUGCCCCAGUGUGAAUAACAAGUAUGCCCUCAUCACCUGAAAUAAAUCACACCCAAAAGGCUUGCAAGGUGAGCUGUUCAAGGUGACAAGUGAGAGGGAACGACUAAGACUGGUUCAUUUGGCUUCAGAUCAUUUUGUAACUCUUUCCAAGUUUAGGAAGCAGCAAACUUAAAUGUCUUUUCAUCUAUCUCAGUUCACAGGAAGAAAAGGUCCUGGGAUCCCAGAGUGUAAAUCCCUGUACCCUUCUGUUUGAUGUAGUUUAGAUGUACUGAAAGAAGAGGACUUCAGAUAGUCUUGUAAAUAGUCUACACAUGGAGAGCGAAGACCAACCAACAUGUUCAUACUGCAUAGAAGGAUGAGUCAGGGCUUUUAGAUUAGAGAUGAACCCCAGUUCUCUGUGAUACUCAGUGUCUAGGCCAUACAAAGUCUGAGAAGAGGUGUGAAUGUAUAACACAUCACCAUACUCCAGCACAGACACAAAAGAGGCACUAUGACUGCAAACUUAAUCAGUGUACCCUGAGGAGGAUUGAACAGAGGUUUGAGGUUUGGAGAGAGCGUGACUUUUGCUUUUAGUGGGUUUAAGAUGAGUUUUAAAUUGUAAAAAUUCUGUUGAAGGCAAGCUGUAACUCUGAGCUUUGUCUAUUGUAAACACAGAGCAGUACAUCACACUUUCAUCUACAUAAAAAAAAAGUUUUCACUUUGAUCAAAAUCAGUUAUAUAAGGAAUAAAAACCUGUGGUCCCAACACCAAUGCUUAGGGAGCUCCUAAUUUUACUGCUAUUGGGCUAGAGGUGCAGCCUUAUACACACGCUCAGUGCGUUUACAUGACACUCGAGAAAACCGUUUUGCUGCCUUACUCCGAUUAAGACCAGACAACUGAAGUGCAUGUAAAAACCUUAAUCUGACCAUAAACGGAGUUUAAGAACUCCGACUCCAGUCGGAGAACUGAUUAAGACACCUAGAUAAUGUGAUUGGAAUUCGAUUUUCUCUACCAUGUAACCAGCUUAGUCGAGGUAUGAUUGGACAAUACAUGUGCGCGUCCGCCACGCCCCUGUACCUCAGGAACAAAAACACCAGAGAAGAGGAGUAGCGUGCGUCUCAUCUGCAGAAAAAGUAGCAUGUACAUCAUGUACGACAAAAACAACGGCAUAUGAUGCUCCAUAUUCUUGCCGAAAAUGCCCAGCAGCAGUUGUAGCCACUUCUGAUGUCUGGCACAGACCUGCUGUUGUUGUUGACAGUUGUAUGGGGUUGGAAAGAGCGCCACUGAAAACACCCAUAUCCCAUAUGGGGAGGAGGACACAUUUACAUCAAUAAUUCAAUCUUCUCAGCUGCAUGUAUACGCAGACGAGGAGAGAAAUCCAAUUCGGCAAAAAAGUUCUUUAAGUGGUUUUAGUAGGAAUAGUAAAUAGUCCACACACUGUAGAAAUAUGUGCACUAUUUGCAAGAACUAUAUUACUGACAAUUUAAGUCAGCUGAUCUAAAAUCAAUCAUAGAAGUUUGUGUCAAACAGGUGUAGGGUCAACAUCAGUGUUCAAAAAAAGAUGACAAAGGCCAGACAGAUGUAUUCAUAGCUGCAGCAGCUUGAGUUUGGGCAUUUCCAGGGCAGGAACCUCACAGACGGGGAUCUCAAGGACUCCAAGAAAGAUCUGUUUUACAGACUUUAAUGUGACACGAGGAUUUUAAAGUGAGUGACAUGCAGACAGAUACUGGAGAUAGAGGGAGGGACAGGGACUCAAUGUGCCAGCUCCCCUGGCAGUUUAGAGUGUACAGCAGCAAAACUAAGAGCUGGUUCAAAUUUUACCAAUGACUGAUCACUUAAGAGACAGUGUGCAAAGGUUUGCUGAAGUUUUUUUGAAAGACUGACUGCUCUUAAGAAAUAGAAAUGGUCUGUAAUUUCCUUUUAAGUAUCAAAAGAAGAGAAGUUUGAGUGCUAAAAAAAGCUUGUAUUUUCAUCACAGCUCAAACAAUUGCCUUCUGAGCUCAAUCUGACCAUAGUUCAGAAUUUUGAGGUGGCCAUUCAGAAUUAAAGGGCCUGGGGGGGGUUGUCAACCUCAGCUCCUCCUCUGGGCACACCUCUACCUGACAGAGUUUGUUGUUGUUACAUAGACAGUUAUUUAAAAGCAGAUUCUCUUCUCUCUUGCUGUGUGUCAGGUAACUUACGGCUCCUUUGACUACACCUCCCUCCUCUACCUGUCUGACUACGGCUCUGACUUCACUGGAGGACGCUUCGUCUUCAUGGACCAAAAUGAAAACCGCACAGUGGAGCCACGGGCAGGUAGCUGUGAACUAUCAAAAACUUAAUCUGCCUAAAGUGAUGUUUAUUGGAGCCUUAACAGCUUAAGUUUUGAUUUACUUCAUCCUGCCCUACAGCAGGUUAGGCCUCACUAUCUGUGCUAAUACCUGGUAACUCCUGGCUUUGUCUAUAAAAGCCCAUUAAUCCACUUUCAAGUGGAGGGAGAUAAAAAAAGAUUCCUUUUUCAUAGCCUUGCUUGGAUUAUAAUUGCUGCACUCGGCUGCAUUAGGGGAACCUGCAGAUGCUUUAAAACAUGUAGAGGAGCAGGUGUAAUCCUGUCUAAGUAAAUCAUUAGCACUGAAGAGUGCUGCACCAGGGGGAAUUAGCCUUCACCUUGAAAAAGUUCCCUGGAGUGAAAAGAGAACAGUAUAAUGAUCCUGCAUGAAUUAUUGCUGUAUGUGUUUUAAUAUUCCAUACACAGACCAUAAAGGAAAUCAGAGAGAGGCUUGAAAUGAAAUGGAUUUUAUAUUUAUGGUCUAUAGGGGAAUGUCUAAUCCAACACAGAUUACAGUCUUUUGGGAUAUUGUGUGACUUCAAAGGAAACUGAGGAGGAUAAAAACAACAAAACUGGAUAGGUGCUCUGGAGAUUAAGUGAAAAUUCAGAAAGGAUCUGAGCUGGCCAUUGUGAGCUGGGCCAGGUAAAUUUCUGCAUUUCAUUCCUUUUUGCUCAGUUAAUUCUGCUGUUUUAACUCAACUCACCUUUCAUCAAGGCACACUCACACACACACACACACACACACACACACACACACACACACACACACACACACACACACACACACACACACACACACACACCUUUGCAGUGCCUCAUAUUUAAAAAGGAGGAUUCAGUGCUCAUGUUUAAUUAAAGAGGUUUUCUAAAAGUAUACAUGAGGGUUUGUGUUUAGGCUUUUCAAGGCAACAUGGUUAUAAAGGCCUUCCAGUCCUGCAAACUGAAACAUCUUUCGAUUUAAUUUAACCAGCUGAGUUUUAUUUAUAUGUCAUGUGUAAAAAUAUGAUUUUAUCAGUAAAAGCAAAUCCUGUGGUUUUAUUUAGUACAUUGCAGAAUAGUUUUUGGGGCCAGGGAUGAGAAAAAACAGUGUGAGAAGAAAAUAGUCUCAACGAGAUCAGCCCCUGUGAGUUAUCUUUGAUGGGAUAACCCACAUAAAAAGCUUUGUUUUUUUCGAUAACUUAAUCAAUAAAUAAAAUGACGCUUUUCAAGAAAAGAUAACUUGAAGAACAAAGUUGACUAACAAUAUAGUGAAAAUGAUUCGAGAAAAGCUAGACAUUUUUAUGUUUUGAAUCACUGAUUAUUUAACUUUAUUUAUGACAGGAAGUCAUCUUCUCCUUUUUUGUUGUAAAAAUUACUUUUAACCCUUCAAGCUUAAAAUACAUGAUUAUAUCUGAUUUUAUCAAAUAUCUUAUAUAAAAUUAUCAGCCUGCACUCAUUAUCAGCUUAAAAACAAUACUUCAACUGCAAGUAGCUGCUCUCCUCCUCCUCCUCCUGCUCCUCUACCUCUCUUCUUCCCUCCAUCUCCCACUCCUCUUUCUCCUGAACUUUGUUGUGCACCGAUCUGAACUCAUGUUGAUGAAGGUAAAGUGAAAGCUGUCUGAGGGGAGGGGCGGAGCUCACUCUACCUUGAAAGAAGGGGGGGUAUUACCAUAAAAGGCAAAAUGAGCCAGUACAACAUUGUUCAGUCUUAAUUAAGAUACUUUUACUGAAUGUUUGGUGCCCCAGCUGUAAAAUGAAAUGGAAACUAUGUUGAUGACCUUGCUCUGUCUCAUGACUCAAAGACUUCAGGGUUGUUUCACCCAGUCAAAGAACCUUCUUAACUGAAGAGGAGUAGCUGAAUAGCCCAUGUGUCUUUUUGCUGGGAUGCAGUGAGUUGUAGUCAUAUGAUUGGCUGAUCAGAUAACAGGUGUACCCAGUAAAUUCACCACUCAGUGUUUUUGCAUCUCCUCUAUUUUCUGCUUUGCCUUAUCACUGGCUUCUGUCAGGGUGUUGCACUGAUAACAGUGAAAGCUUAAGAACCUGAUCAAUAUGGAAAGCAUCAUUAAAAGAGUUCCUGACAGCUCUACUUCCAUGUCUGACAGCAAACAAGCCCCUGCCAACUCUGCUCACCUUGUCCCUUUUUUCACCUCCUCGUCUUGACACUCUCCAACCUCUUCAUCUCACUUAUUGUCCAUCAUCUCCCUCCCUGUAAUUUAACUCUUGUUCCACUUUAAUCAAAAGCCAUUCAAAAAAGAAGCUUUUCUCUCUCUUGUUCUGGGCUUUGAUUUUUCACUUUUACUCCUGUCUUCCUUUUUCAUUCAUCCUGUCUCUGAAACUUCCAUGUCAUCAGUCAGACGAGAGCCGCUCAGUGAGUGACAGUCAAGCAUUGUUAGCUACUGACAGUGUCCUGUGAUGAGAUGGAGAGAGACGUUGACUGAAGGUCAUAUGGUAAUAAGGAGUGAACGCUGCUGCUGCUGCUGUCUGCCUCGUCUCCAGUGACAGGCUUUGGUGCUCAGCGCAGACAUCCUGCAUCAAUGAAGUAAGAAUCAGACAACAGAGAGGACGGUGACAGUGUGAUAUUAAAGCCAGUGAAACCUGCUUAGUGAAAAACAAGAAGAGGAAGAGAUGGGAGAAGACACAAGUGGGUCAACUGCUCCCCCAUCCUUAUUGAUAGAUUUCGAACUCUCAAUGAAGUUGUCACAUGCUCAGAAAUCUGAAUGCACUAAACAUGCCAAAUCCAAAGAUAACCACUGUGAUUACGCCUAUCUGCUAAGAGCUGGGCGUUGUUCAAUCUUUAUACCAUUAAACCUCCCCCAUGUUGAAAGUGCUACUCAGUAUGUAAGCACUCAGUAAACACUGAGUUAUUGAGUUAGUUUGGCUGAUAGAGAACUUUUAAAAUACAUGUAUUCACAUUACUCUGACUGAAAUAGCACUAAAUGGACUGCUUAUAAUUGGACCAACACACCUAGGUUAUGUGGAUGGGGAUUUUCUCUUGCAUACAGUGUUUACUUGUUUUUGAGGUAUUAGGUCUGAACAGAGUUUAUAGCUGUUGGUCUCACAAUGCAAGUGGAUUUGACAGUUGUAAAGUUGGUAUGUUGUAUCAUUGGAUCUUUUGGAGCCAGUAUUGUCAGCACAGUGAUUUUUAAAUUGUUCAUCAGUGUUUUGGACCGCUCCUAUCUCUGUCCACCAUGAUCACCUUGGUUGUCACUUUCACUGACUGCAUCUUGCAGUAGUCAUAUCAUUGCCAAUGGCUCUAAUUCGUUGGAGCUGGUUCUGAUCCACUUUUUGACUUAGAGGAGAUGCCUGUUUUAUUCAUUCAUAUAGUUUGCAUUCUGUUGACAUCAUAUUAAAACAGUAACAACAAAAAUUCCUCUGAUUUGAAGCACACUGGACUUUACUUCACAUACUAUCCUGUCUAAAAAAUGUGUUUUUGUAAUACUUUGACAUGAGAAUGUUGUCUGAAAGAGAUAAGUGAGAGAUGUUAGAUAGAUGAGUGAGAGCAAAAGAGUGUGCCAUUACUCUCAGAAGUGAAAAAUCUUUAUUCAGACUUCUGUCCUAAAUCGACACAGUGAAGCAGGAACUUUGAACAAGGUUACAAACUGCAGACUUUGUUGAAAGAGGCACUGUCAUACUAACAGCUCCAACAUGUGCUGAGAUAUGUAAUCCGCCACAGCUUUGCAUGUGGCCCUUUUCUUUUUUGACACAGCACUCAGGAGCAUCCUCACAGCAGUCAGCGGCUUAAUAAUCCUGGGACAGGUACUUAAGUUUCAAGUGUUUCCAUCUCUCACUGUCACAAUUUUCAUGCAAAUCUUGCACAGCCUGAUGGAGAUUCACUGGCUCUCCACUGUCAUUUGGUUGGAAAUUGAAAUGCUGCCAAAUGCAGGAGUCCUAUUUCCCUUUAAGACCAACUUACUUUGUUGGUGGUGCUCCAUGUUUUCUUUUUUUUUUUUUUCCUCCCUCCUGACUUGCAGCUGUCACAUCACAACGACUUAGUCCAUGUGAAGCAAUAUCAUGCAACCAGAGAUCAACUAAAAUCACAACCACUCAGACGGAAAAAGCACCUUCUACUAUUUUUGAGUACCAUGCAACAGCUAGUUGGCAUACCUGCCUUACUUGUCUGUAAUUAUCACCCAGAGAGAUGGAAAAAAACUUGUUCCUAAUGUUUCAGUGGCCCACAUCAUUUAUUGUCUCUGCUGAAACAUGACACAUUUUUAUACAAAAACUCACUGCCAACCGCAAGUGGGGUAAGUUAUUGAGAGGUUUUGUCUUGUUGGGAGUCUGACCCUGAUAUCUAGAUGAAUAAUUACUAUGCUGAGAUAACAACAGCUCUUUAAGGCAACUGUGACAAACAAGGUGUAAUUAAAGCUCCAGGUGGACAAUCGGGACUGAGCUACAGAGAGAAAGAAGUUGAGAUUGUGAUGAUGACUGUCAGCUUUAUUGAGAUAGGUGUAAAAAGUAAGAGGGGAAAAUUACAAAAGAAAUGUAGAACUGACCUGACGGAUAUGCUGAAUGUGAAAGCGUCCCAUUUUUUAGUGAGAGGAGAGAGACAGUUUGGAGGAUGGGCAAACACAGGAAAUGCCUAAAGACAGGUAAAGAGCAGAUAAGUGAUGAUGAGAUUAGAUGUCUGGCUUUUAGAAAAGCAGAUACAAACCAAGAAAAGGAAGGUCAAAUUGAAAAAAAAGGUAUGGCUGCCAGUCUGGGGUUCGCCUACCAGCUCAAUCAACCUCAAGGGAAUCAGAUAACCUCUGUUGGACAGCUGCUCUGAAACCAGCAGCCUGACCUUGGUGACUGGACCUCUGCAGAAAUCCAGAAACUAAAGACCACGAAAAUGUUUGGAUGGUUUCCUCCAACAUAUCAGGGUUUGUUUCAUGUUUAAGUGGAUGUUAUGUGUGCAUGGGUUCUACAGGGUUGCAGCUAAGGUUGUUUUCACAUAAGUAAGAGAGAGGGAACUUACAGGGGGGAAGAAAUAGAAACACGUUUGGUCAGAACAUCCAUCCAAGAUGUUCUUCUCAUCCUCAUCAAUCUUUAUUGAUGUGGCAUCAUCUCAAAACAAGUUUUAUCCCAAGAUGCUUUACAAAAAAACUAGUCGAGACCACACUCUGUUUACUAAGACUCUCUGUAAAGAUGUAUUACAAAGAGCCCCUUCCUGUAAGAUCAGACCUACUCUGAUCCAUCUCAGCUACAUGAGUAAAACACUUUACAGAAUUAAAGUCAGUGUCAUGGGAUUUCUUUUAAGAGACACUACUUAAGCACAUAGAACAAGAUAAGCAAAGACUUCUUUGUCUUUGCAGGGGACACCAAAACCAAAUGUUUCUCACAGGAGCUUUAAAAUAACAUAAAAUAAGAAAGCAUCAUCCAUAUUUUGGGGGUAUUUUUGUGCAUUCCAGUGGUUUUUGGACUGAUUUAGGUCUGGAAACUAUCAGCUACAUCUGGUAGCACUGCCCAGCAUAAGUCAUUGCUCCAGGUCGCUUUUGUAAAAGAGAUUUUAUAUCUCAAUAAGCCUCACCUGUUAAAAUAAAGGUUAAAUUGCUGUGGUCCAGGCUGCAGAUCUGGAUCCCUAUAGUCUGGCAAAAACCCACACUUCAGACUCUACAUCCAAGCUGUCUACUCUAUAUGGGCAUUUGCAGUUCCCUGACAGUCACUGAGCUAACCUGUGUUGACAUAAUUUUGUGUGUGUGGCGGCACAUGAGCCCAUUGCGUUCCUCAAAGGUCACAGACUUUAUUAAUUUGCACUCAGACAUGUUUUUAUAUGUUGAAUAGUUAAUAACUGAUAUUAAAUAAAGGUUGUUUGUACAAAUUUCUUCCUGCCACAGAGGAAACCCAAAUAAACCCUCCAUUUUUUUUUUAGACACUUCCUGUGAUUGUGGAAAGACAGGUUUGCCUUAAGGAGAAACAUAGAUACUUUUUUGUUGGUACACAUUCGUUCAACUCUUUGUUGUGCAGAACCUCCACAGAGGCUGAGUUUAUGAUGUUUUUAAUAAGUUAAAUUUAUAAAAACGAAGACAUGGCUGCUUAGUAAAACACUAAAAGGCUUUAAAGUCAAUUUAUUAAACAAGUACCUGAAAGCAGUGGUCACCUCUUUUGACCUCAGUACUGCUGAAGCAAUGGGAAUCAACCAAAAAAAACAGAAACCUGUCAUUAUUAUUAGAAGAAUUUUAAACUGUACAAAUUCAAAUUCAGCUCUCCACACCUUUAGCUAACAAAACAAUCAAUCAUUCUUUGGCAACCGAUUGUAAAAAAUAUAUGCUCUGCCCUCCACUGUAGAUGACGGACUGUGGUCUCAUUAAAGUCUAAUGUCAUUUUUAGUGUCAAGUGUCAGACAAGUUAAUAAUGACUUUGAUAUUCCCCGAAGACAGUGAUUGAUAGUCAUCAUACUGCAUUUCCAUUUGAUUUCUAUAAUUGGCUGUUAAAGCUUUUACUACCUUGUCAAACAAGAAAUAAAUCAUCACCUCCAUGUUAUGAUAGUGAGUACAGAUGAUACAAUUUUUUUCUGGCCAUGAAUUUAACUUGUCUAUGCCAUUUACAUAAAGGACACCCUUUUUACUCAUUUUCUCCUUUUAUUUUGUGGGUCAGGAACAUCUAUAGAAUAGCUCUGCAUGAUUGACACUGGUGUUUGUGAAAACCCUUGUUUCAGCUUCAUUUAGCCUCUGAAACCCUUUGUCUCGGCUGCUUUUAAGCCCAAAUGAAGUUAAGCAUGGCUUGUGGGUUUAACUUUUUACACAACUUUGUAAUGACCUGAAAGUUUUCUCUUCGUGGUAAAACGACACAUUUUUUGUGCUGAAACUGCUAGUGAACAAAGGCAGUACAUAGCAAAUGAAAUGUGAAAAAAAAAAGUCUCCACUGUCAGAUCAACAAUAAAGCACAGACUCUAUACUUUCUCUCUAGUUCCUCUUUAAUAUCAUUAGAUGAUUUUCAGAUUUAAAAAAAAAACCUCCUGUUUCUCCCUCUGGUGUAUUAGAAUAUCAUUAAUUCAGCCUCUGUCUGAAACGCUUUGUUUUAGCUGCUGUCUUUAUAAGGUCCCCCCUACACAAGCCUACUUUCCUCUGAUUGGACACCUCACUGGAGGCUGUGCAUGUCACUUCACACACUGCAGGCCUUUCCACUUUGCCAGAAGCACAUAAACCAAUAAGGAGAGUCUAAGAUUCUUGUGUUCAGUAAAUUUCAGUAAAUCUCACACAUAAACUACAGUCUCGCAUUUUUUAGCUUUUGUCCUAGAUUUGAGCUGUUUACAUCUACUUUCAAUGAUUAUGACAAAGAGUAAUAAGAUUAUAAAUAAGAGUUUACCUUGUGAUUUGAAACAUGGCAUACAUCUAGCAUGGAGACCAAUCUUUGUAACUUUGCAGUUUUUGUUUUAAAUGUGGAAAAGCAUGUCCCCCAACCCCAACCCUUGAAUCAACUGGAUCAAGUUCUUGGAUAGCAUGUAAAAGACACUUGACUUGAAGGAAGCAAUAUGACCCUCCUGCUCUCCUCCUUCCUCCUGCUCCUCUCCUUGCCCCCUCUUUCCUCCUUCCUCUUGCUCCUCUCCCUGCUCCCCUCUCUCCUCCUCCUGCUCCUCUCCCUGUUCUCCUCUUUCCUCCUCCUCUCUCCUCCUCCUGCUCCUCUCCCUGCUCUCCUCUCUCCUCCUCCUGCUCCACUCCCUGCUCUCCUCUCUUCUCCUUUUGCUCCUCUCCCUGCUCCCCUCUGUCCUUGUCCUGCUCCUCUUCCUGCUCUCCUUUUUCAAUCUCCUGCUCCUCUCCCUGCUCUCCUUUUCAAUCUCCUGCUCCUCUCCCUGCUCUCUUCUCUCCUCUCCCUUCUCUCCUCUCUCCAACCCCUGCUCCUCUCCCUGCUCUCCUCUCUUUCCUCCUCCUGCUCCUCUCCCUGCUCUCCUCUCUCCUCCUCCUUCUCCUCUCUCCUUGCUCUCCUCCUGCUCCAUCUCCUGCUCCUCUCCCUUUUCCCCUCUGUCUUUCUCCUGUUCCUCUCCCUGCUCUCCUCUCUUUUCUUUCCACCUCCAUCAGUCUUAAUGAGAACUGUGUUUCUCAUCAAUCUGAGCUACACCAUGAAAAAACAUAAUAUUGGUGUCCUGGCAUAUUCUUAAAGACCCCAUUAUGUAGUUGUGGGACCAUGGGCACUCCACAUAAACACACCAAGAAAAGCACAAAUAUACAUAUGCUAUGCAUAGCCUCCCCCUCCCCCCAGUCUGCCUCUGCGUUUAUCUCAGAAGGUUUAAGAUAGAAGAUUUGCUGAAUUACCAACAGCAGAUUAAUAAACCUGUGAUCUGUAGCCUAAUUGUAUUGACGGGCUAAAGAACAAUUAAACUGCCUCUUGCUUUAUUUAGUAAGUAACAGACCAAAACGAGAUGAUUCAGGUGAUGGAUCUUCCUGCUGUGGUGGUGCUUUGUUUUAGUAUCUGUUGCUGGUCCCUGUCUGCAGCAUUGCUCACGCUCUCUUUUCUGGUGUGAACAUUUGUGUCUCCACCACAGACUGCCAUGGUAUCAUAAUCAGGAAAAAUUAAAUAAGAGUCACAAUCAAAAUAAUCUGGUGGGCCUGGUGUUACUGCUGUUGGUUGAGCUCUGAGCCUGUUCCUGACCCCUUGACCAGCUGCUUCAAGAUUUAUUUUGAAAGAUUGAAAGACUUAAGUAACCUUUUCUGAAGUCUAGAAGUAGCGCUGAGCUGACCUUGGGCUUCUUUACUCAAAGAGACUUUAAAAUAGUCUAGGAUGUGAACAUUUUUCAAAACUGUCUCAGUGUGAAGAAGAAAACACCUACAAACGUGCCUGUAAGUUUCAUGAGAAUCAUACAGGGACCGAGGGGCUGACAGAUUAUGUUCAUCCAGUCGUUUCCUCCACGCAGACUGCUCCUCAUUCAUUUAUUACAGACAGAGUCUCUCACAGCAGAUUGAUUCCAGGAAACAAAAAUAUCGCUUUGACUCAGGAGAACAACAGACUGUGUUUCCACCUCUCUGGAUAGUUUUCAAUAUGACCUUGGUAAUAAUGUUCAGACUGCACAGACACUGGGGUCUGUUUGUUGUAUAUGUUACUGACUCAUGUAUUGUUGUGCAAAUAACUCCAUUGGAUGCAGAAGAAAUCAGUUUGUUCUACACACUUUGUCUUUGAUAUUACCGUGUGAGGAAAGGAUUGAACACCUCAGAAUGAAUCCUGAAAACUCUUCUUCAAGCGUUAACACUCCCACCUCCUAUAAGGACUAAAUAACUUAGACAAAGUUAGAUAACAAAAUUUAAAGAGUGACAUUCAGGAAAGAGGCUAUGAAGGACUGCUUUUGGAGCUUUUUCUAUUGUUGAAAAGGGCAGGCAAAGAGAGAGUGAGUGCCAAAAAAAUCAAGUCAUGUCUGGACCAGGAAUCAAUCUUACAACCUUGCAUGAGGCACCAGUGACAGAUUGACAGAGUCUCGACUAUCAAACCUGGAAAUCUCAUGAAGUCUUUUGCGGUCAAACAUGACUUUAGUGUUGCUAGCUUCCUGCUUCAUCCAUUGUCAUUUCUUUUUAAUUUCUCUUGCUGUUUGGUUGUGGUAUAAUUGACCAAGCAUGUUGUGUAAAUGCUGGUGUUGUAUUCAGGAAUCAACAAUUUCUCAUGACAAUGGACCGUUUUCAUUAUUAGCUGUCCUGGGGGGUCUGCCGUCUGGAAGGGGUUUCUCACAGGUUGGAACAUGUUUGAUUUUUAUGAUUUUACAUUGAGGAAGCAGUCUUAGAAUUAUUCAACCUCUUCAUGACAAACAUCUGUAGGACUUAAAAGAGCACCCUAUUGCCGUUAUGACCUGCUGCUUAUGUGAUGCACAGCCAGGCACCAGCUUCUUAAGAAUUUCAGCCCAUUCCUCAGGACAAAGGCCUCCAGCUCAGUAAUAUUCUUGGGUUUGCGUGCUGCAGCUGCCUUUGUCAAAUCCCAACCAAGAUUUUCAGUAGGGUUUAAGUCAGGUGGCGGUUAUGGCCCCUCUGGUAUCUUCCAGGACUUCUUUUGAAACCAAGCCUUGUUGGACUUUGAGGUAUGCUUUGGAUCACUCUCCUGUUAGAAGGUCCACUGACACCCAUGCUUCAGUUUCCUUACAGACAUUUUUACUACAUGACAUUUUCUCCCAGGAUUCCCUGAUACUUGCUUGAAGGCUGCAGGUUUCCAGUGCCAUGGAGAGCAAGCGGUCAUCGAGUGUUGUUGAUUCACUGCCAUGCUUCACUGGUGAUCUUUUCUCUGUGUGCUUUAUUCUUCCUCCUCCAGACAUAUCGCUCAUCCAUAGGCCCAGAAAGUUCCAGUUGUGUUUCAUCGCUCCACAGAACAGAAUCCCCAAACCUCUUCGGUUUAUUUCUAAAGUUUUGAGCAAAUUUGAGACUUAAAGAGCUUUUGGGUCAAUACUGGUGUAUGUCUUGAAGUUCAGGCAUGGAUCCCCUCAAACUUUAGUAUGCACCUUACUGUGGGAACUGAAACCUCAGUGCUUGCUACCACCAAGUUUUGCUGAAGGUCUGCUUUGCACUGCAGCACACCUCUGAGAUGCUAGAUGGCAGUGCAAUUUCUAGGCCAGUCAUAUCCCCAGUUUCUGGUCCUACUUCAUACUCUGCACAUGUCUGCACAGGAAACCAUGGCAACCAAAUCUUAGCAUGUUAUGUUGGAUUUGAAGCUGACAAAUGUUGAGCAGCUUUUAAAGUACUGUGAUUGUAAAGAUUCAGAGGCUAAAUAAGUGAAGGUGGAGGACCAAUGAAUGCUGCAACACUUAGAAUGUGUACCACCAAGACGACCAAUCCCAGGACCUCCAGUCUGUGCUGAUUUGUCUUGUCGCUGGGUUUUCAACAUGUUGUGCUGUACAGUUAUUUUUGUGAGCCAGGGCUGUCUUGCAAAAGACAAUUUUAAACCUCAGUGAGAUUUCCUGAUUCAGUGUAGGUUACAUCGGAAAAAAACUUUAGGAAGUGCUCUACGAACCAAGUACACCAACUUCAGUGUAGGUAAAGAGCAAUGCAGACCUUCAUUCAGCAUUUUGGUCUUUGUAGCAAAACAGUCUGGCUGCAGACCUCCACUGAGGGGACCAGAAGUUGUUUGAAGCCUUAAAAACAGAAGCAAAUAUACUGGGAGUAAGUUUCUUUUUAUACGCCCAAAGCUGAUUCAAAGCCUUUCAAAUGAAAAGCGAUUGCAGCGGGAAGUAUGUACUUUUUUGUCUCAUGUGAAUAUAUUUGAUUUCUUGGGGCUUUAUUUUACGUAUAUAAUGUUAGUAUGAUUAUUUUUGUAUUUAUGUGUUCAACAAAGACAAAUACAAAAUGGGAUGACGACUUCAAACAAACUGGAGCAUGUGAGAAACGUCACCUUGGGUCCUCUCAGUGGAAGUGGGUCCUCUCAGAUGAGGUCUGCAGCCAGUCUCCUUUUUAGAAAUUCAAGACUGAUCCUCUGUUUAACUCUGCAGCUUAAAAUCUCUGAAGGAUGAUAUUGUCUCAGUUCUGCUGCUUCAUUUGAUUUAUUUCAAUAAAACUCUUCAACACUAUCCACAAAAGAAAUGCGUAACUCUUCAAUCUCCAAAAGCUUAUUUCACCUCUCACCUUCUGACCAAUGACUGAACUGCUCAAGAGCUUCAAACGCAGCUGUGAUGCUCUGGAAAUGAGUGUCUAGUUUCUGUGGUUUAUUACAGUACAAAGCUCAACUAAAGGCAGGCACUUCUGAUAACUUUUAGAGUCCUUAUCGAUUGGGAUUAUUAUCAUUAUUUAGUCUUGUAUGUCCACCACCUGCUGCUCCUGCUUUCAUGUUGUUAUUGGUGAUAUUUCCCUGUUUUACUUUUUUGCACGCUUUAUGCUUUAAGUUGAGUAUGAUUUAAUGAUCUUCAGUUGCGUGACUAAUGCAUGUUGCAGCUUUGAUGAAAUGUCUCCUGACCCAUAAUGGAAAGUAAUAAAGAUAUGAAUAAAUCUGAAGGCUGGGGAAAAGCUGGGCUCACAUGGGUUUUCAACUGCACUUUGAGGCCCAAAAUAAUGACAGAAUAUCAGAAAAUGAGCUCUACAUGAAAGUAAACCUCAGGGGGGGAAGUUAAAGCAAAAGUGCAGAUGUGCAUGUUCUGCCAAGCUUAAUCUCUCAAAACUAAAAUGUUUUCUCCCUGCAACUUUUUUGCUAAAAUAUUUAUAACUUUCUCUCAAAUUUUGAUACUGUCCUUACAAAACUAUUUUUUUCUCGCAAAUGUUUUCCUUUUUUACUCUAAUUUAUAAUAUGAGGCUUUUUUUUAACUCCUUUGUUAAAAAUGUAUUCACAGUGCUCCUACAAGGACAGUAGGCUGUCGGUUGUCAUACAAAGAAAAGAACUAUAUCCAUUGUGCCGUGAUUCGGUUAUGAUAUGAAAGCAUUGAAUGUCAAGUGUUGAAGAAUUCUUAUGAACUAAAAUAACUCAGCAGUCUCUUCUGUUCACCUGCUUUUCUCAAUGUUUUCACCUGUUUGCAGCAUGUUUCUUCUCAAUAGUUUAUCACAUGCUAUUCUGACGGUUCUGAUGACUUUGUCAAAAUGAUGAAAAAGCGUGGUCAGUGAAGCUUAACACUUGCUCAAUGAGAGAACAUUAAGUGACACUUUAAGAAAGGCGUGGACUUGACAUUAACAUCGGCCAGCCUGCCAGAUGCCAGUGGAUUUUAGUGAUGAAGCACUCCCACUCGCCACUAUGGCAGGCUGGGUAAUUUUUAGUACUCUAUGGUGAACCUUUUAACAUAUAAACUGUAUUGUCGUUAGAUCCUGCCAGGACAGCAGCAGUCAUUCUCUGCCAAGUAAACAGUUUGAACAUCAUGAUCUGGGCACUCUUAAAUUUGUUAACUGAUAAACUUGAUUGAAAGAUUCUUCCACAGUAUAAGAUUGAAAGUCUCUCAUUUUCCUCACUUUGGGAUUUAAUAAUUCAUGCAUAAGCAUGUCAGCAGUAACUCUCCUAACUUUUCUAAACGUACACACACUGUCCCACUGUGUGACUAAUACUCUAGAAACAUCCUGAAUAUCAACCUCUGUCAGAUGAACCCUGCUGAGUUCUCCUGUGAAUAUUUCUUUAUUACGCUGUCUCUGAUCUGCUGACUACACAAUCUGCUGCCCUGCUCAGUAAACACUGGCAACACUUUUAUCAACAAGUGCGAGGGAUUAUUUUCAAAGAUUAUUUUAUUGUACAGUUCUCUAAAGCUGUGUGGCUAAUCCCGGCACUUGAAAAAGCCUUCCCUUUGAAAGACACACAACACGCCAACCACCACACAUUGUCCUGCUGCUCACGCUCAUUUUCUCUGAAUUCAUUAUCUUUCUCAUUAUGGCCUAUUCUCAGGUUUUCAGUGUAAAUUUCAUUGUUAAACUGAGCGCUGCUUUCCACUGACAUCCUCAGCUAAUGCCCUGCCAGGGGAUUAAGCCUCCCACGCACACACACAGGCAUCGAUAUUCCUGGGAGGGAAAGUAGAGCAAACAAAUGGGGUUGUAAUGGUUCCAGAUUCUUAUUCACAGCCUCUAAUGAGAUAACCCAAUCCAAAGUUAAAGAAACAGAAAGUUUUCUAUUAAAAAAACAAAAAAAAAACUGGCUCUUCUAACUUUUAAUAUGAAUCCUUUAAUUAUGCAACAACUGCAGAAGAGAUGUAAAUAUUAAUACAGCUGUCUUUCUAGGAAGCAGAAGGUUGUGUUUAGAGAGAUCCGGACUUUGUGGUGAAUGGUAUCAGCUCAUUAGCCGGUCCAGUGAAGCCGAGCCCUGUAGAAAUGGAGAGAGUUUAGCCCAAGGCGACCUCCCCGGCCUCACGCUGCAGGUCAGCCUAAUGAAAAAUGUUGAACUCAGAUGGACUUACAGAAAAAGUUCAACCCCUGAAUAGGCUGAGCCCCAGUAUUCGGGCUCCCAUCCGUGUCUUUGGGGAUAGAUCCUCCUCUCUCUUCUUUCUUUCACCACUAUGAGCAUCGGACUGACCUGAAGAGGUCCAUGACGUCAACAAGCCGCCAUUUCUGCAGUGUGGCGGCUCCCUAGAAUAAAUCUGCAUGUUUAAAUGCAAGUUGUUCUCAUAAGUGAUUGAUUUCUUUUACUUUAACCUUCCUACUCUAAGUAACUUUAAUCAAAAGAAAGGUAGUACAUGAACUCCAUUUGAACAGCACUAUGUUUAACUUAAAUGAAUACUAGCAGAAACUUGUUCACUGAAGUAAAGCAUCAUGUAGACAGUGCUGCUGCAGCAAACUGACUUUUUUUAGGCUUCAUCUAAAAUGAAACUAUGAGGAUUUUCCAUUCAGUACAAACUCUUUUAAAACUUUCAGUCUCUUUGGAAAAUGCUGCUAAAUUCUGCACAAUGUACCUUUAAAUUCCUCAGAAAUGGAGAAAUAUCUGGAUGGUUUAAUUGUAUGUAAUGAUCUUCAUCUCAUAAGGUCAGUGUGUCUUAUAACGUGAGGUUUGCUAAAGAAGGCGGACCUCACUGGGGGAGCUGUUCUGAGGUUUAACAAAAUCCAGCACAUACUACAGCUGGCUUUUUAAUGACAAAGGAGUUGGGAGGUGAUUUUCUGCUUCUUGCAGCGGGGGGGCAGGUCAAAUAUGGACCCCUGCCAUUAGCACUUGUCCUUAGACGGGGCUUACAGUGUUCUGGCUUUCUUUCAGUGCUUUCACCUCUGAAAUCAUGUGUUUGACAAUGGCUGUCUCCCAGAAAGCAGAACCAUUGUCUUUCUUUCUUUUUUUAAAUUUUUUUACCUGAAGCACGAUCAGUCAUUUUUUUCAACAUUUUAUUUUCCUUUAAAACACAAGUAUAAAUGACAUGGGGGUUUUACUUGUUGGAAUAUCAACCUCAAAAUCUCAGUCUGUGAAACAAAGAGCGUCUGUAACUCCAACCAUUUCUCUCCUCUUUUUCCUGUCUGUGUCCAGGCCGAGUCUCCUUCUUCACCUCUGGUUCUGAAAACCUCCACCGUGUGGAAAAGGUGACAUGGGGCACACGCUAUGCAAUCACUGUGUCCUUCACCUGCGACCCGGCACACGCCAUCUCUGACCCGUCUCUGCCCUGAGGCACUCACAAGUGAUGAGGACGCUCUUGGCUUCAAAUGGAUCCUGCAGAGGGGAGGAGAGGAGGAGAGGAUUUACUUGUACAGUGGUUUCCUGCAGCUGCUGGGUCAAUGUCUGUAAUUGUCUUUUAUCUGUAGACUGUCUCCUACUCUCUGUGCAUGCUGUGAAAAAAUCAUUUUCUUCCCCUUUGUUGCAGACUAUUGUUUUUUUGUUUUUGUUUUUUAUCAAUUUUUUUACAGCAGCACUUUUCUCCUUGCAUGACUGACACCGAAAGGCUUGUUGGCUUUUCCCACACAUUUCCAACGUUUGUUUUUCUUUAACUUUGAGCUGGAGCAGAAAUGGACUCAAAGCGAACUUGGUAUCAGAGACUCUUCAAAAGUGGGAUUGUUUGCUCACUGUGUGUUUCUAAGUGAGAGGAGCUGCCAUUUUCUUCAGAAGAGAUUCAGAUCUGGUCGAUCACCUGUCAUCACACAUUCCUGUUCAGGUGUGCGUUUAGCCAUGAUCCCGAGGUGUUGACUUCUAAGAAGAACUCACUCUGUCCAGUGAGGAAUCCUCUUUCUAACCAGUAACCUUUUACUAUACAGGGUUUUAAAUAAAAACUGAUAAACAUGAUCUUGUCUCUUUUCUUUGUUUCUAGCACAAAAGUAUCUAUGUGUGCUUUGAGAAAGUACUAGAAACUUUUAGGUUCUUAAUUGUUUCUGUGGCCCUUUUAUUCCAUUUCCACUGGGGCCUGAAAUUCUGGAAAGAUCAUGCAGGUCACACCAAUGAUGUUCAGGGCUUCCACUUGCCGGCCCCUCUCUCUCAGCUUAGCUGCUGUCUGUGUGUAUGAUACAAACAAGAUUGUUUCCUUAGACGUACAACCCCUGAAAUUGCCAUAGCCAUAGCGCUAAGGCUCUUGCCUAAGGACCUACACUGGUAGAUGUUUUUCACUCUUUACAGAUGUGUGUGAUGCAGGAAUUUAACCACAACCCCCAGUUAGGAACGGGAUACUCUACCCGCUGAGCUAUCCAGCUACUUACAGCCGAGAUUCUGUGGGACUUCCAGAUACAGGCUGACAUGGUAAUGGCCAACCAACUGGACAUUGUAAUUGUAGACAAACAGCAGAGAGCCAUUGUGGUAGAUGUCGCCAUCCCAAGUGAUACCAACAUCAGAGGGAAGAAACACUAGAAACUAGAGAACUACCAAGGGUUCAAAGAGGUUUCUAACUGAGGUAAAAAUAACCAGAAUACUCUGGCAAUUGUAUUCUCCUGUCUGAUUAAAUUAACCGAUAUCAGUCCUGACUUAACAUGUAUUAAUUACUGCCACAGUCUUAUCUGCAUGUCUUCAAGCAGCCAGAAAAUUGAUGAAUUUUUUUCAUAGGCACUUACUGUUCAAAAAGUCAUGAGGCAUGUCUUUCUUAUUUUCUGCACAGCUGCUCCGAGCAAACCACACUCAGCUCUGCUUUGUGCUUUCAGGACUCUAAGCCUUGAAUCCAUUAUUCAGAGUAUGUUUUUUUUCCCCUAAAAACCUUUAAAUGUUUAAAUGAUGGUUCAUCAAUAGGGGGCAGAGAGGUCCAGCGGUCCAUCUCAAUGCAACAGCUGGUAGGAAGAGGAGGAAAGUUUGAAGAACCCUGGCAGACCGAUCUCAUCCUCUGUUCUGUCAGUUGGAGCUUCUGAAGUCUAGGAGGCAUUACAGAGCUCCUCUGGCCAAAGGUCCUUUUAAAAAGUCAUUUCUACCAAAUGCCAUUGCCAUCUUGAAUUCAAUUAAGUGGCCAAUCCACCCAUAUGGCCUGAACUGCUCUACCUUUAUGUUUUACUUGUCUCACUGGAUCCUAUUUUACCUCUACUUUUACGUCUCACCUCUGUUUUUAUUGUGUUUAUUAUUUGUCUUUAUGUAUGACAAUAUUUGUAUUGUAGUGCUGUCUGUCUCCUGUGCUGGUCAGCCAAAGACAAUUUUCCACCUCGAGGAACAAUAAAGGAUUAUUUUAGUCUA